AAAAAGAGAGGGGAGCGCAGUGGAGGGGGUGACCUGUGGGGAGAGCGUAAAUAGGCGGAUUUCUGGCGCAUAACAUCAUUCGCUUUGAAUACUUCGUUGUGUUUACUUCGUUAACCUAAAACUAAAUCGAAAAUGUCAGGACGUGGCAAAGGAGGCAAGGCGAAGGGCAAGUCAAAGACCCGCUCCAACCGGGCUGGACUCCAGUUCCCAGUCGGUCGUAUCCAUCGGCUUUUGCGCAAAGGAAACUACGCCGAGCGAGUUGGUGCAGGUGCUCCAGUGUACCUCGCAGCUGUGAUGGAAUACUUGGCUGCCGAAGUCUUGGAGUUGGCCGGAAACGCAGCUCGUGACAACAAGAAGUCGAGAAUCAUCCCCCGUCAUCUCCAACUCGCCAUCAGGAAUGACGAGGAAUUGAACAAGCUUCUUUCUGGAGUCACCAUCGCUCAGGGUGGUGUUCUCCCCAACAUUCAAGCUGUUCUCUUGCCCAAGAAGACCGAAAAGAAAGCUUAAACUUUCUACCCACUUUCCAUCAAACAAUCGGCCCUUUUCAGGGCCACAAAUUUCUUUAUACGUUUGAAUUUUUAUGUUCAAUAUGCUUACAUAUUACAAAUUUAAAACUUUUUUUUAUAGUUAUUAGGACUGUAUGUAUGUUCGACAACAUUAGUCGCGUAAAAUGGUUUUCGUCAGAUUUUUUUCAAAUUUUGCAUACUUAUUCCUGAAGUAUUUAUCUACAUAAUGAGACCAAUUUCAUUAAUUUUGACCGUUUCAAAGCUUCAAAGAAUUAAUUCAAAGUUCAUACGUUUUGCAUGGAGGGAGCACACAAUGCAU